UUGCAAUUCGUUACACAAGAUGCAACAACAUGGAGGACGUCUGUAGCAGAAACACCUUUCGUUUUGUGAAGAAUCUUAUGAAUUAUCCUUUAGAAUGUUUGCUUUUGUACGUUUCAGUCAGUAUAGGAUGUUUUUCUAUUAAAGGAGGGUUACCAGGCUUUGAAAAUUCCACUGAUGGGAGCAUUGGAAAGGAGUUCCCAAUAUAUCAGAAUGUCCUUUAUAGUGUAUUCACAUAUGGUAUCAUUAUGACACAUGCAUUUAUCCAGAUUCAAAGGACACUCAGAAGGACACUUUGUUCCAAACAAGUGAUAGCUAUUUUAUCCGUUCAUGGCAUCUUGUCAGUGGUUACUUUUCUGUCAUUGUCAUUUCUGUGUACCAGGAGGCCUGAUUUCCUUAUCAUAUAUAGGUUUGCGAUCCCUACAUUUUUGUUUCUUAUGGAUUGGAACAGAUGUAGCAAAGUUGUUUCAAGUGUAGCUGGGAAAUUUUAUUUUGAUAAGGUUUCAGAUGCAAGGAUUGCUGAAACUUUUUCCCAUUAUGGAUUGUCACUGUUAUCAGAGUCAUCUUUAGAGGGGUUGGUUCUUGGCUUUGGUCUUUCAUCAGGUAUUGCCGAAGUGGAGGUUCUCUGUACAUUUGCUUGUCUUGCUAUCAUCACAUCAAUUACAUCAUUUUUCAUUUUGCUGCCAGCCGUAACUAGCAUCUUUAUCCAAUUGAAUGAAAAUUCAUCCGAUUCUGAGAAGGACAACACGGAGGUGACCAAUCAAGAUGAGAGGAUAACGUACAAGAGGUUUCUCAGCAGUGAAAACGAGGCGACUGGUUAUCGAAGCAACCCUCUUGCAAAUCACCUUAGGUUUAUUAUGUGUGUUGGGCUAUUCAUCGUUCAUGUGGUUAAUCUUUCUUGGCAUGUUGUACAUCGUAACAGGGAAUCUAGUGAGAAAUUGCAUUGGCUUUCGCUUGAACAGCUUUUCGCGUUAUCGCUGGUUGCUAAUUUUGCAUUUAAAUAUCUGCUGCAUGAACUCAGGGAAUCGAUCGAGACAUCCGCUGCUGGAAGGAGAGUAAGGACAAUAUCGAGUAGCAAUACGCCGGUGACAGAAAGCCCAGCAGUGGCUCAGCAACCUCCAUCAAGGGAGUUAAAUAUGAUGGAAAAGAAAGGCAUUGAGCAUUUAUCAGAUGAUGAAAUUGUUUCUCUGAUCGAGUCAAAACAAAUCGCUAUGCACAGCUUAGAGACUGUCUUGAAAUCUUUCGACCGCGCCGUUGAAUUGAGGAGGACGGUCAUUGGAAGACGCUUGCGUGGAAAUGCGCCAUCAUUGAAUAACCUCCCUUGGGAAACAAUGGAUUAUUCGAAGGUCCACGGUGUCUGUUGCGAAAAUGUCAUUGGCUUCUGCCCUGUGCCAGUCGGCUUUGUUGGGCCAUUGCUAUUGGAUAAAAAGCAAUACCACGUGCCAAUGGCUACAACUGAAGGCUGUUUGGUUGCCAGCACAAACCGAGGCUGUUCGGCCCUACGAAGUGCAGGAGGCGUUUCCAGUUUUCUUUUGGGAGAUGGAAUGACCAGAGGACCAGUUGUGCGAUUUCAUUCGGCAAAAGAGGCCAGCGAGCUCAAGCACUGGCUGGAUAUGCCGGAAAAUUACUCAAGAGUAGAAGAAGCUUUUAACGUCAGUAGUAGGUACACUGAACUGAAAUCGGUAAAAUGCACUGUGGCAGGUCGUUUGGUCUUUCUGCGCUUUCGGGCAAUCAGUGGAGACGCUAUGGGGAUGAACAUGGUUUCCAAGGGAACAGACAAUGUGCUUCGGUAUUUGCAAAUCAAGUUCUCUAACAUGGAGAUUAUCAGUGUCAGUGGCAAUUACUGCACAGAUAAAAAACCAUCAGCAAUAAAUUGGAUUGAUGGUAGAGGAAAAUAUGUUGUUUGUGAAGCUGUUAUUCCGGGAAGUGUAGUCAAAAAGGUUCUAAAGACAACUGUAGAAUCGAUAUCAACAGUCAACGUAAGCAAGAAUCUUGUUGGCUCGGCAAUGGCGGGAAGUAUAGGAGGCCAAAAUGCGCAUGCUGCCAACAUUGUAGCUGCAAUUUACAUAGCAACUGGACAGGACCCUGCUCAGUGUGUUGUCAGUUCCAAUUGCAUAACAUUAAUAGAACCACACGGAGACAAAAAGGAAGAUUUAUAUAUUAGUAAGCAAAUAACAUCGCUAAUGAUUGUUAAGGGAAUUUGUUAUAAUAGAGAUAUGAUGGGAAUACGAGGUUGUGGCGAUGUCGUCGGUGAAAAUGCUAGUACGUUGGCGAAGAUUGUCUGUGGAACUGUUCUUGCUGGCGAGUUAUCUUUGCUGUCAGCUUUAGCUGCAGGUCAUCUUGUUAAAAGUCAUAUGAAAUUUAAUAGGGCUAACGGAAUGAGUUCAAGUGCAAAGUGCCCGACAGUCUGAUUUGUGUUUGAGUAUAGUAUCGCCUGAAUAGAUAGUGUAAUUCGUGUUAUUAAAGACGUAAUUCAUGUUGUAAUUGCUGUGAAAUGUUAGCCUCUUUCGAUCAAAAAUUUAUCCUUGUUUAUGGAAGUUCUGAGUUAGUAAAACGCUGAAAAUUAGAAGAAUAUUUAUAUAAAA